GAUCUCGAUAUCUGAAAUGAAUACCACGUUCUAUUAUGGUCGCAGGCGGUUUCAAACUUUGAUUUUCGAGUGUAGCUCGAUUUGUAACGAUUUUUCUCAGUCUACAUAUAGACGCGAGGUGAAAUAGUCCAAAUAUCGUUGGCGGCUCGUGUUAAAUUGUUUGCACGUUUUAAUUUUUUUUUUAUUUUCGUUUUCACCGGGAAACCGUCGUUUGAGCUUUGAUUAUGUGGAUGUAAUCUUUGUCCAAAGCAAAAGUAUCAGUGCAUGUGCGAAAAGAUUGAAGGAAGUGAAAGGAAGGAUAUUUUGUAGGGAGAAGUGGUUAAGUGAUUUUGAAUCAUGAACCGGAACAUUUUACUGGUUUGGAUUGUCGCUUUUUGCUGGAGCUGCACAGUGUAUGCCGGUCCCGUGUACACUGAUUGUGAGCGUCCACCGACCAUAUUGCACGGCCGAACGGAAUUGUCGGUCGAUGAUGAUGGUGUCAUUGUAACGGCUCAGUAUAUAUGUGAUGCUGGCUAUCAUUUACAUGGUGCAUCACGAUUGACCUGCGACACAGAUACGGAUCAAUGGCAGGGCGAUUUACCGGCCUGUAAAUUAGAAACGGGCAAUAAUUCGACGGUAUCCGAAAUCGAGGCUCCAGAGGUAAUUGACGCCGUUGCCACCGUUUCACCAGAAAUAACACACGAGGAAGUGUUGCAGCCGGUUGAAGAGCCAUCCACAAACGAAGUGAAUACAAAUGAAAUUCUUGCACCACCAAGUCAAGCGCCACCUCUGGAAUCGGAAUCGAAACCGCAAUUACCUGAGACUCCUGCUCAGCCCGAUUCAACUCCGCAAGAAUUGCCCGAACGAGAAAUAGUUGAACAAGAACAAGAGUCUCCCGAUCAAGGACCAUCACAACCGGAAGAACAACAAGCUCCAAACUCAAAUCCACAGAAGAAACGCCGUCGAAAGGGGAAAAUUCCGGAAUUCCAAGAAGACAAUAACAUUGAUGAUGAUUUCGCAAGCCGAUUAGACAUGUCGUGCAUUGAAGGAACCGUCGCACCAGCCGUUAACGAUGCCUAUAUCGUUGAAUACAUCCGAGCUAAAAAGGAUGAAUACAAAUUUUUGGUGGCAAUUUAUGCUUGUGACGAAGAUUUCUAUUUGGAGAAUCCACAAUCGAAUCGAUUGUACUGUAGUCAGGGAGUUUGGGUCGGCAAUUAUCCAGUUUGUGUGUCAAAAGGAGGCGAAAGUGAUUCGGAUUACGGCAACGAAACGGAUGACGACGAUCAAAAUGGAAAUGACGAUAGCCGUAAAACCGACACUGAAAAUGCGGCUACAAAUUCCUUGCAACAAAAUAAUGAAAUCGAAUCACAUGUGGAGACGGUUGAGCCAACUGAACCAAUCCCAGUAGCUCCUCCAACUAAUAAUAAAAUUGAUGAGCAAAUCACUACAAAUGAAAUCAUUCCGCCGGUUGAAACAUCUGAGGCACCGAUCGAAGCUCCAAAAGAGGUUUCAACAGCUGACGACACUUGUGAGGUGAACAAUGGUGGUUGUGAACACAUAUGUACGAUGGUGCCAGACGAGGAGAUUGGCGGCAAUGUUGCUGAAUGCUCAUGUCGCGUUGGCUUCUACUUGGAUUCGUCGGAAGGAAAGAAGUGUUUGGACAUUAACGAGUGCGAGGAUCCAAAUGUUUGUCCAAAUGAAUGCGAAAAUUCGAUUGGCUCGUAUCGUUGCUUGAAGUCGGAUUCAGAAGUUGAAAUCAUUCCGACGAACGUUGAUGUGUCACAUACAACUGAAUUCAAUGCACCGGUCAAGGCUUGUGGAGAUGGAUUACGAUUGGAUGAUUCAAACAAUUGCAUUGACAUCGAUGAAUGCGCUGAAGGUAACACUGGUUGCGAAUAUUGUCAAAACAUUGUCGGCGGUUUUCAAUGCACAUGCCCUGAUGGAUUUGAACUCAACAGUGACGAGAAAACAUGCAGAGACAUUGACGAAUGUACAACAUUCUCUGACUAUGAAUAUGAGGACAAUCAGCCGACAGCCAAAUCGAUCUGCAGCCAUGAAUGCAUCAAUACUGUUGGCUCAUACAUGUGUCGAUGCCCGGUCAAUUACCAUCUGCGCGAAGAUAAACGAACAUGCGAACAAGACUUUUGCAAACAUUUGAAUGACAUUUCGGCCAAUAAGUCAAAAUGCUCACACGAUUGCGUUGACGAAGAAGAUGGAUAUCAUUGCAAAUGCCCGGAGGGUAUGAAAUUGGAUGCUGACAUGAAAACAUGUCUUUCGCCAUCAUUUGAUACGUGCCUCACAUCUGGAGAUCGAUGCUUGCCGGGAAAAUGUGUCGAUACUGAGAACGGAUCCUUCGGCUGCGAAUGUCCAGAUGGAUUUGCCGAAUAUAAUCAAAGGUGUAUUGAUUACGAUGAGUGUGCCAUUGGAACGCACAAAUGCUCGCACAAAUGCAAAAAUAUCGAUGGUUCGUACCUCUGUGAGUGUCCCGAUGAUUUGGUGUUGACCAAAGAUAAACAUACAUGCGUUUCGACCGACUUUUGUGCAACUGACAACGGCGGCUGCUCUGACAUCUGUAACGUUGUCAAUGAAAAAGUGGUUUGUUCAUGCCUUGACGGCGCUGAACUUGGUUCCGACGGUCGAACAUGCCGUCAGAAAAACAUUUGCGAUAAGGAUAAUGGCGGUUGUCAACAAGUAUGCAACGCCGAAUUGAAUCGUUGCGAAUGUUUCCCCGGAUACGAAACAUUUGACGAUGGAAAAACUUGCCGCGAUCUUAAUGAAUGUUUGCAAAAUAACGGCGGUUGUCCGCAGCAAUGUUCAAACACCGAAGGCGCUUUUGAAUGCAAGUGUUUUGAAGGAUACGAGGAAGAUGAAGCAACCGGCAACUGCGUUGACCGAAAUGAGUGUGAAGUAAACAAUGGAAACUGCGAUCACGAAUGCACAAACACGCAAGGAGCAUAUUUCUGCCGUUGCCGCCCCGGCUACAGCCUCUCCGCUGAUCAACAUCACUGCUUUGAUACAAAUGAAUGUGAAACCAAUAAUGGCAAUUGCUCGGAUACGUGCAUCAAUUUGCAGGGCAGCUAUCAGUGUACAUGUCCCGAAGGUCAGUUUUUAGUUAACGAUGAUCACACGUGUGAAUAUUUAAAUGAAUGCGAAGUAAAUAACGGCGGCUGUUCGCAUAAGUGUAACCAUAAAAAGGGUGUGAUCACUUGUUCGUGUCCCGUUGGCUUCGAACUGGACGAAGUGGGAAAAGAGUGUAUCGAUCAAAAUGAGUGUUUGUUAAAUAAUGGUGGUUGUGCGCAUCAUUGUGAAAAUCUCAAUGGAACUCAUGUGUGUAAAUGCCGUGCGGGCUAUCAGCUUGCUUCCGAUAAAUAUGCUUGUUUGGACGUAGACGAAUGCAUUGAAAACAAUGGCAAUUGCUCGAAUAUUUGUAUUAAUUUGCUUGGCACAUAUUCGUGUGCAUGUGAAAUCGGUUUUGAACUGAAAGCAGACAAACAUACAUGUCAUGACAUAGACGAAUGUGCGGAUGCAAUUCAUGACUGUGACCAAAACUGUGUCAACAUACCCGGAGCAUAUGAGUGUGAAUGUCGAUCUGGCUAUAAGCUGGGCAGAGAUCACUUAUCUUGCACUGAUAUCGAUGAAUGUGCUUUGCCUAACACUUGUGCUGACGAUUCGAAAUGUGUUAACACAGCUGGUUCGUACUAUUGCGACUGCCCCAGCGGCUAUGAACUGUCUGAAACAAAGCAAUGCGUUGAUAAAAAUGAAUGCGAUGAAAGUGCGCCUAAACAUUGUUCACAUGAAUGCAUUAACACACCAGGAUCAUUUAAAUGCGCUUGCCCAAAUGGAAUGGAAUUGGGUACCGAUCAAACGACUUGCAUCGACGUGAACGAGUGCGCUGUGAAUGCUGGCGUCUGUUCGCAUUUCUGUGACAAUGUUGAGGGUAGUUUCCGCUGUCGUUGCCCAACUGGCUACAAAUUGGGCAACGAUCAAGCCACAUGCAAAGACAUUGACGAGUGUGCCGUUGGUAAUGGUGGAUGUGAACAAAAGUGUAUGAAUAUCGAGGGAAGUUCGUAUUGUGAAUGCGAUAUUGAAGGUUUUGUGUUGGCUGAUGAUAAAAAGAGUUGCAUCAGCUCCGAUCCGUGUGGAUUGAAGAAUGGUGGCUGCGCACAUGUCUGUGAACCAUUGAAUGGAAAGCCGCAAUGCUUUUGCUACAAGGGAUUCGAAUUGAGCACUUCGGAUAACAGAAGCUGCUCUGAUAUUAACGAAUGCUUACUGAAUCACGGCUGUGAGAGCAAAUGCAUAAACACAAUUGGAUCGUAUAAAUGUGAUUGCCCGAAAGGAUUUCGAUUGAACGGCGCCGGUAAUUGUGAGGAUGUAAAUGAGUGUGAAGUCUAUGACAAUGGUGGAUGCUCGCCAAAUUCUGAAUGCAUUAAUUUCUUAGGAAGUUUUCGUUGUAUUUGCCCAACAGGAUACAAAUUGGAUCAUGAUAAACUGACAUGCAUUGAAAUCAAAGAUACCUGUUCGGCUCUCGCUGCACCAGAGCAUGGUCAUGUGCGUUGCACACGCUCUCGACACAUGUCUCAAUUGUUCUACAGAACGAAGUGUAGCUUUUGGUGUGACGAAGGCUUCACUUUGAUGGGCCCAUCUUUCAAAUACUGCAAUGGAACCGAAGGCUUUUGGGAUAUGACAAAAGUUACCUGUAUUCAAUCGACAUGUCCACCGCUUUCGAUUCAACAUCCAGGAACAAUGAAUGAGAACUGUUUGAAUGGUAAAACCUAUCCAGGCCAAAGCUGCGCUUUGAUCUGCCCGCCAGGAUUCAAGAGCAUCGGCUCCGGCGUGACACAGUGUUUGCCAAAUAGACAAUGGUCGAGAACGGAUUUACAUUGUCAACCAAUGCAAACCCAUAGACAAGUUCAAAGACCGUACCAACAACCAAACCAGCAUUCCCAAACUCAGUCCCAGCCACAGCCUCAACCACAACCACAGCCUCAACCACAGCCGCAACCACAACCACAGCCUCUACCUCAUCCUCAGUCACAUCCAAAACAACAAUCAAAACCAAAGACGCAAAUUCAAGGUGGUGAAACACACUUAAGAGGUCAUGUUGAUCUUAGUGAGGCCGAAAAAUACAACCCCAUUUCAACACAUCAAACAACAUCUGCGCAAGGAGCUUCCGUAAAAAGUCGUCCACAAAACAUUUUGAGACCAUACAUCAAAUGUCCACGCGACACAACGCUUGUGCUACCGAAGAACAAAAAAACCAUCUACGUAAAAUUGGAGCAACCAAAAUCAAAUGUUAAUUGGGCGACUCAUGUCGAUGCAAAUCCACCAUGGGCAAAGAAUUUGCAAGCUCAUUUGGCAGCCGGUGUACAUACGAUUACAUUCAGAGCACGUAGCCCACACUCGGCCAGCAUUAGUGAAGUGUGUCGAACAGUUCUCACGGUUAAAUCAGCGAAUGGCGUUCAAACUGCAUUUGCCCCUGCUCCCGGUCCACAAGUGCACUAUUGCCCAAAAACACUCGACGUUCAAUUGCAGCCACACGAAUUGAAACGUGGUAUUUUCUGGAGAGAACCACAGUUCCAAUCGAACCAACCGCUUAAGCAAAUCUUCAAAUCACAUUUGCCUGGAACCAAAUUCGGCGUUGGCCAACACAGAAUCACUUACAUUGCAACUGAUGUGCGAAAACAAAACGGAACGUGCCAAUUUACAAUCGCCGUUCGUCCAGCAGUGCUUGCUCGAGUCGUCGCUCCAUACAAUGGUGGUUCACAAUUUAACCAUUUAGACAAUCAUGACUCGUAUUUACUGUGCCCUGGUAAACCAGCAAUGAAAUUGGACACAAACUUCCCCAUUCAGAUACCAGCUGGUUGUAUGAUUAAGAAUGUUCACAUGAGUCAACCACUGCAAUACAAUCCACAUAGACGUCGCCAAGUUUUUCCACAAUCCUAUUCGCCAAAUUAUAACAUCUUGCGAUACUAUUCGUCAUGGAAUCGACCGGAAUACAAUCGAAACUUUUGGUAAAUGUGUGGAUAUUUUUUUGAAUAGGGAAAGUGGCAGGCAAUAUAAAAAAAAAUAUGAUUGAUUUUACUCUUUUUCCAAAUGCUGGAAUAGAAAAUGGAUUUUGAGCGUUUCCUAAUUUAUUUCAUUGUCAUUCAUAAAAAGAAAUUGUUCGUAUACAUAAAAACCAAUGUACUACCUCUAAAAACAAAAUCGAUUUUUCUAUUUGUUUUGCGUCUAUGAUAUAUCGAGUGUUUAAUAUGUACAAAAAGUAGUUUUGUGCACGUGGAAUCAAAUUCUCUUUUUAUAUGUCGUAUCGUGUUUGAAGAGCAUCCAAUUAUAAAUUGAAUAAAUAUUUUUUUUUUUUCGAAAAUUA